AUGCUACCAGAAGGAAGCAUGAGGGCUGGAAUACUGCCAGGUUGCCCAAGCCCGGACAGGGGAAGUCGAGAGGCAGAUGUCGGGUUCGAACCACAGGGCCCUCCGGUCUGUAAUUCGCAAUCCAACCACUUCGGCCAUCUCGCCAUCAGUAUAUGCAAGAAGAAGCAGAUAAUCUGUCAUCCAGUGUUUGCGUCACGUGAGGGAAGCUCUACGCGAGGUACUGAACUGACCGCGCUCCCUGGAUGCAAACAACAACCUAAUGGUGUGAUGUUUAUUGCGUCCACCGCAGGUUCAUUGAUGCCCCAGUUGAACUGGUGGACGCGCAGAGAUACCAGUAGUACGACCGGCCUUCUAUCUGCCGAGCUAGUGGAAACAACAGCGGCAAUGGAAAAUGCUUUGACAAAUCAGGAGCACAGGGUUAAGAUGAUACAAACGAGAUGGUCCAAGUGGUUAGAGCGGAAAUUAACUGACCGGAAGGUCCGUGGUUCGAACCCGAUUUCUGCCUCUCGACUUCCCCUGUCUAGGCCUGGGCAACCUCGUAGUAUCCCAGCCCUAAUGUUCCCUUCUGGUGGCAUGGCAGUAUGUUUGUUCAUAGCCACACCACUCUCGUUUGAACGGUCGUGCUGCUGUUCUGGGGUAAUUAUUCCGGUGAGUCCACACCAAAGGGAAGCACUGGACUCAAGUUUCGCUCUUAUUAGAGCUCAUCAGCAGUACAUAUCCAAUGGCCAUGCCGGGAUUUGA